UUCAACUUAACCCCAGAAGGCCAAUUGUUAUUUAUUAUUUCACCAACACUGCCUAAUUAGCAGUGCAGUAACUGUUUCAAUUAUAGCCUAUUUGCUCUUGGUUAAAUUGUUCAAGCGUGCCGGACUUCUUAUUUUAUCCUUGAAUUAGGAGUUGACCAGAUCUAGCUGCCGAUUCCAAUAAUCAUCGCCACACCUUUGUUCACGACUCGACGCCUCGCUUCUUUUCCUUCGAUUCUAGACGUCAAGUUUCCAAUUUUCUAAAUUUGAAGACUAGAUUUAAGAUCUUUAUCCGAAGCAAGUUUUACUUUUCGUUUUGUUGAACCCAUGCUUCAGAGAAUUUAAAUAGACGAUCGCAAUAUGAUUAUCAAAUGAGACUAUUAUCUUCUGUAUUAUGAAUGAGGAUUAUGGUGCAUCAAAGAAAGUUAGAUUUGGUUUCAGAGAAGAAUUAUUCUUGGGGAUGAUUUGAACACCAAAUCAACUACAGAUCGAAAGAGAGUUGGUGACUCAUUGACCCGGUUGAAGGCAAUUCUGAAUUUAUCACCAUUUACUCCAGAUGGAACUAUGAAAAUAGUGGGGAAUUUGUCUAUUAGUGCCAACUGGGACAACAUGUGCCAAUUCUUGUGCUCGUUUUUGCUACCAUGAACGAAAAAGAGACGUCACUGAAUCGGACUAGAGACCUCCAGAGACCUUCUAAAGCACCAAAACUCCACUUGUCUUAUCUUGCUCUUCGAACUCUUAAUCGAAAAUCUGCAAACGUUUCUGAUAGCAGCUCGGAAACGGCUCAUCCCCACCCAAUUUUAGCAUUGAGAGGGGAGGAGAGAAGAGCAGGCGCUGAAGGGGUCCAACUAAGGGGUCCAAACGUCUCUAGUGAAACUCCAUCAACGACAGUCGAGGUCUCCCGGAUCCCAACGUCAAAAAAACUUGGACUAACAAGGAUUAUUGCGUAUAUUUUUCUAAGAUUAAAAGUUCUGUUGACGCUAAUGAUGUGUUGCGGUGCAAUGCUUCCCCAAUGUUACUGCUACAGAGCCCCCUCAAUGAGUUCCAUGUUUUCAUCUCCCAAACUUCCUUUACUUUUUGCGACAACGCACUUCAACUUUAACCCAUUGCCUCAGCAGGUCUUAGUACAUCCUGGAGUCAAAAACAUCUUCAAGUUCGCGGACAGAGUGCAGGCUAAUGUGAGCGACAGGGUGAAUCAGUCCCGAGUGUGUAUUACAGUUCAGCCAUGUGUCACCCCCACCCCAUUCCACAUCAGAGUGUUCCACUUCCCAGCUGAAAAUAUACAAGAAAGACAGAGCGCAAAAUACGUGAUCUACUCUGACAGUCACGAGGAGCCAAAUGACGAUGAAAAAAAGAGCAAAAAUUGGGGAGGGGAGGAGCAAAGAGCCGAAGCGUGUGUCACUGUUGAUCCUGGUCCAGUCAUGUUUGAUGUCUGGAUCGUGCUUCCGGAAUCUGCUCAGCUGCAAACAGUUUUCCAGUUGUAUUUCACUCAUGGACUUCCGUCUAGUUUGAUUCAGCAGAACAAACUGGAAGCCCCGACUUACAGACCGACCAGAUCAGAACGAUCGUCUCAGUUACAAUAUAGUUGGCCCACGUCAGAGCAAGGAUUUUCUGGACUAGCAGGGGAGAAGCAAUCGUUCACCAAUGAAUCAUCAAUUGCCUUCUGCGCCGUAUUCGCGCAACUACCCAACCAGGGUUUCGAUCAGUGUGGUGUCCGAAGCUACUUAUUCGCACAAAGACAUGCAGUCGCCUCGCAGUUGAGCUCAAUGUUAGGUCAAACUGAAAAAGGGUCAAGUUCAAAUGAGGUCAUGACCUUUUCUAUUACGGAAGUGGCAGUGACUCAUCCCAGACAAGCGUGGGUGGAGUUAUAUAGGUCAAGCACUGUGUACAACGUGAGUUGCUCGCGAGAUCCGAGGGGGCAAUUUGUUGACCAGGUGCUACUGAAUGAUCGAGAUUACCAGCUGGUGUUGUUCGCGCUGGAUCUGUCACAGACUGAUAUUAUGAGUCAGUCUCAGUGGAAUACGCUGCAAUAUCCGGUCACUACAAUUCACAGUGCUAUUGCAUCAUCGGAAACCAGGAUCCUAACGGCUCCCGAGGAGCUGCAUCUUUGGAGUGUGUCACUGCCGCAACCCCACCUCACACAUUACUCAUCCAUUCCAAGUCUCAUUGCCACAACAAAAACAGCAGCAGCAACAACAACAACAACAACCGCAAUAACAACAACAACAAACUCCAACUCCUCAUCAAGUUCAUUCGCCGUCCCCUCCCCCUCAACUGAAAACCCCAUGAGGUUCCUGGUGCUGACUCAAACCCAUUUCACGACCCCUUUACCGGUUAAUGUAGAAAUAAGAUCACGUGACCAGUUGGUGUCCACGUUUACCUUACGCAAGUAUAAAUUCAUCAGUCUUCCUCGGCUACUAUGUCCUGUAAAGAUUACGUCACAUUUUUCUCCACCUGAAUCUGCUAAAGUUGAAUCAUCGGAAUCGUGCUUACACGACGGGAGAAUUGAAAUCCGGCUGAGUCACAAAGUUCCAGGCGGUAACACGUCUGUGUCGCUGUCUUUGUCCCCUCACCAACAAUCUCUAGCAUUCCCAAGACUGACAGAUGCUCCCAGAAAAUAUUGGCAGGUGUCCAACAUGAAGGAAAUGAAUGACGGGAAUCGGGAUAUUUCCUUUUACAGAAUACCUCGAAAAGAACUUGAGUACCAAAUUUUGAUUUAUUUGGUCUACAAUUCUUCGUCUUAUAAUCACGGAGGCUUCGAUAGUGUUACAAAAAAUGAUGACCUCAAAAAACAGUCGCUUGUACCUAACGUGACGCUACUGACACAUAAGAAAAAUGACUCUAUCACGACUCUUUCCGACACCGUUUCAGAGGACGGACUAGAAACAGCAGACAUUAGAACGAAAGUGCGCGUGAACGAUUAUGCUGUAAUGGGCAAAAUAACCUUCAGAAUUUCAACGGAGAGACGCUUAUCGCAAAUCACCAGAAAAUUCAACUGCCAGAAGGUUUUGAUAGCUUUCAGAAAACCGAGAACAAAUGAGCCUUUCAUCUUCUUCCAACAAUUUCUAGUUAAAACUAAUUUCAAUUGACAAGUUGGUCAAUAGGUACCUAUACUGUUCCAAUGCUUAAGCAAACUUGAGCUAUUUUGUAU